AUGACACUUGCUAUGUCUUCAUCUUUUGCUCUUCUUCCUACAACUCUUGAAGAGAGAUACAACAACCAUCAUCAUAAGUUUCCUAAUCCUUUUUUGUGGGUUUCAUCAGGACAGGAAGUGAUGAAUAACCCAGUGCCCUGUCAGGUGUUUCCUCUGGUCUCUGGUGGCACUUCUUGCAAUAAUGGUAUGUAUGUUUCAGCACAUGAAAGGAGUUCCUCUCAGACAAGGCCAUCCGUUUCUCAUGUCUUUGGAGAAGGACAGAGACAGCAAUGCUCUGUGAAAACACAGUCUUUGCCAUUGCCAUUGGUUAAUCAACCUCAAGAAGAGCACAAAGAUAUGAGCUGGUCUCAAGAUCAGCUUCAGGGGUUCUUUGACUUUCCUCUUCCGGAUCCACAAGCAGAGAGCAGCAGAGCUAUGGUCCAUUCAAAAGGAGAAUGGCCAGACUGGGCUAAUCAGCUGAUCUCUGUUGGUGACGGUGUUGAACCAAAUUGGUCGGAGCUUCUAGGCGAUCCUAAUGUCGUCCUCAACCAAGAUUCAAAGAUGAUACCAAUACCGUGUUCUGAUAUAGCAAAGCAAGAGAUAGUAGUCAAUAAUCAGUAUCAGGUGAAUCAAUCAAUGGAGCAUUUUAAUGCAAAAAACUCACCGGCUAGUUCAGUGACAUGUAAACAACGAAUGCGUUGGACACCAGAACUUCAUGAAGCAUUCGUUGAAGCUAUCAAUCAACUUGGUGGUAGUGAACGUGCCACGCCUAAGGCUGUGUUGAAGCUCAUCAAUAGCCCAGGCUUGACCAUUUAUCAUGUCAAAAGCCAUUUGCAGAAAUACAGAACGGCAAGGUACAAACCGGAGCUUUCAGGAGAUCUAGAGGAACCUCCAGAGAAGAAUUUGAAAACCAUUGAAGAGAUCAAAUCUCUUGACUUGAAGACGAGCAUUGAAAUUACUGAAGCCCUAAGGUUACAGAUGGAAGUUCAGAAAAAACUCCAUGAGCAACUUGAGAUCCAAAGGUCACUGCAGUUACAAAUCGAAAAACAAGGUCGGUAUCUUCAGAUGAUGAUUGAUAAACAACAGAAGAUGCAAGAGAAGAAAAAAUACACCUCAGCUCCAUCACCAGACACCUCAUCUGGGACUACUAGGAAACGAGCUAGAGAAGAUUAG